AUGAGGCAUUUCUUCCAGCCAUGCCAUCUAGCGACAAUAAAACAACACAUUGAGUCAGCGGCAUUGGAGAAGGCCUCAGUGACAGAUGUUCCUACCGACGUCUGUCGACAUAUGAAAUUUUUGACUCCUGCUUUUGAGCAUUCAAUUGUCCCACUUCUGCCUUCCAUACAAAUUUCUGGAUAUGCCACUGACCGCUGUCCUUUCAUUCUCAAAUCAAUUAAAAAGUUUGAUAAAUUGCCUAAUAAAUCUAAAUGUAAAUCUAACAAAACAAAUUUUCAAAAAAUUGCUUCCUUUAUCUCUACUUACUCCGCAUAUUUGACGUGGCAUGAGAUUUGUUGGGGUCACCGGAUUGCUCUUGUACGGAUCCCAACCCAACUCCCACUAAACAGAAUCAAUUCAGCAAGGCCUGACACGGAACAACUUGAUGGCGAAGCCAGAGCAGUAAACCUGUCGGAUGAAAUUAAUAGCCUGUAA